AUGGACGGUGAGGGCGGUCUCGGACCCCGGGGGGUGGCCGUGAGGGGUUGCUGGGGCCGCGGCGAGAGCUCUCGCUCGCCUUCCGCCCUGCCUGCGCCAGCGGACCUGUUCCCCCUCAUCUUCCCCUCUGAGCCUGCCCCGGCCUCCGGCCCCUAUGUGGAGAUCAUCGAGCAGCCCAAGCAGCGGGGCAUGCGCUUCCGCUACAAGUGCGAGGGCCGCUCUGCGGGCAGCAUCCCGGGCGAGAGGAGCACGGACACCACCAAGACCCACCCCACCAUCAAGAUCAAUGGAUACACAGGGCCAGGGACAGUUCGCAUCUCUCUGGUCACCAAGGACCCCCCUCACCGGCCUCACCCUCACGAGCUUGUGGGAAAGGAUUGCCGGGAUGGCUUCUAUGAGGCGGAGCUCUGCCCAGAUCGCUGCAUCCACAGCUUCCAGAACCUGGGGAUCCAGUGUGUGAAGAAGCGGGACCUGGAGCAGGCCAUCAGCCAGCGCAUCCAGACCAACAACAACCCCUUCCAAGUUCCCAUAGAAGAGCAGCGCGGGGACUACGACCUCAAUGCCGUGCGGCUCUGCUUCCAGGUGACCGUGCGUGACCCGGCAGGCCGGCCCCUCCGCCUGCCACCUGUCCUCUCCCACCCCAUCUUUGACAAUCGCGCCCCAAACACUGCUGAACUCAAGAUCUGCCGAGUGAACCGAAACUCUGGGAGCUGCCUGGGCGGGGAUGAGAUCUUCCUGCUGUGUGACAAGGUGCAGAAAGAGGACAUCGAGGUGUGUUUCACAGGGCCAGGCUGGGAGGCCCGAGGCUCCUUCUCUCAGGCCGAUGUGCACCGGCAAGUGGCCAUUGUGUUCCGGACACCCCCGUAUGCGGACCCCGGCCUGCAGGCCCCCGUGCGUGUCUCCAUGCAGCUGCGGCGGCCUUCUGACCGAGAGCUCAGUGAGCCCAUGGAGUUCCAGUACCUGCCAGACACAGAUGAUCGCCACCGGAUUGAGGAGAAGCGAAAGAGGACAUACGAGACCUUCAAGAGCAUCAUGAAGAAGAGUCCUUUCAAUGGACCCACAGACCCAAGACCUCCAUCCCGGCGCAUCGCUGUGCCUUCUCGCAGCUCAGCGUCUGUCCCCAAGCCAGCCCCGCAGCCCUAUGCUUUUACGCCAUCCCUCAGCACUAUCAACUUUGAGGAGUUUUCUCCCAUGAUGUUUUCUUCUGGGCAGAUGCCAAGCCAGGCCCCAGCCCCAGCCCCAGCCCCUGUCCUGGGCCAGGCCCCUGCCUCAGCCAUGGCAGCAGCUCUAGCCCCAAGCCCAGCCCCUGUCCUGGGCCAAGCCCCUGCCUCAGCCCCAGGCCCAGCUCAGGCUGCAGCUCCGACCGCCAGGAACACCGGGGAAGGGAUACUGUCGGAGGCCCUGCUGCAGCUGCAGUUUGAUGCCGAUGAAGACCUGGGCUCUCUGCUGGGCAGCAGCACAGACCCAGCCGUGUUCACAGACCUGUCGUCCGUCGACAACUCGGAGUUUCAGCAGCUGCUGAACCAGGGCGUGUCCGUGGCCCCUCAUUCAGCCGAGCCCAUGCUCAUGGAGUACCCUGAAGCUAUAACUCGCCUGGUGACAGGCUCUCAGAGGCCACCCGACCCAGCACCCGCCCCCCUGGGCGUCUCAGGGCUUUCCAAUGGUCUCCUCACAGGGGAUGAAGACUUCUCCUCCAUCGCAGACAUGGACUUCACAGCUCUGCUCAAUCAGAUCAGCUCCUAA